UCUCUAUCUUCUUAUCCCACACCACUCUCCUCCCCCGCAACUCACGCACGGCUCGCAGGACUUCCCCCGUCCUCCCAUGGCGGGUCUGCUCGCGCCCUCCUCCCCCGCCCUUCCCGCUUCCAGAAUUCGAACCCUCCCCACUCCUCUCUCCCCAACUUCACUUCCCGCCGGCAUUUGCCACCAGAGGAACUUAAAUGGCCGCGCCCGAACUGCGCACAAGCACCGAGCCUGCCGCUCCCUUGUCUCUGGUGCUGCCGCCACUGAGCCCACGACCGCUGAAGAGGGGAAGAAGUUGACGAUCGGCGAGAGCCCGCGGCCGGUCUUCCCCUUCUCGUCCAUCGUGGGGCAGGACGAGAUGAAGCUGUGCCUCCUCCUCAACGUUAUCGACCCCAAGAUCGGCGGCGUUAUGAUCAUGGGCGACCGCGGCACCGGCAAGUCCACGACCGUCCGCUCCCUCGUCGACCUUCUCCCCGAGAUCAAGGUGGUCGUGGGCGACCCGUUUAAUUCCGACCCUGAGGACCCCGAGUCCAUGAGCAUGGACGUCCGCGAGCGCGCCGCCCGCGGCGAGCCCCUCCCCGUUGCCGCCACCAAGAUCACCAUGGUGGACCUCCCGCUCGGCGCCACCGAGGACCGCGUCUGCGGCACCAUCGACAUCGAGAAGGCCCUCACCGAGGGAGUCAAGGCCUUCGAGCCCGGCCUGCUCGCCAAGGCCAACAGAGGUAUCCUCUACGUUGACGAGGUCAAUCUCUUGGAUGACCACCUGGUGGACGUGCUCCUCGACUCCGCCGCCUCCGGAUGGAACACCGUGGAAAGGGAGGGCAUCUCCAUUUCCCACCCCGCUCGGUUCAUUCUCAUCGGUUCUGGCAACCCCGAGGAAGGUGAGCUCCGGCCGCAGCUCCUCGACAGGUUUGGAAUGCACGCACAGGUGGGGACGGUCAGGGACGCCGAACUGAGGGUCAAGAUUGUGGAGGAGAGAGCUCGGUUCGAUAGAGACCCCAAGGGGUUCAGGGAAUCUUACCGGGCGGAGCAGGAGAAGCUCCAGCGACAGAUUACAUCAGCACGAAGCUCGCUUGCAUCGGUGCAGAUCGAUCACGACCUUCGCGUGAAGAUCUCUAAAGUUUGUGCGGAGCUGAAUGUGGACGGGCUGAGAGGGGAUAUUGUCACCAAUAGGGCUGCCAAGGCUUUGGCUGCACUGAAAGGGAGGGACAAAGUGACUUCAGAAGACAUAGCCACUGUCAUUCCAAACUGCUUGAGACAUCGGCUUAGGAAGGAUCCUCUGGAGUCAAUCGACUCAGGUUUGCUCGUCAUUGAGAAGUUCUAUGAGGUCUUUAGCUGAGCUAACUCCAAGAGAGGAACAAAUGCAUCAACGAUGGAUAUCACCCACGGAGAGUCUGAAGGAUAGUGUUAUUUUUGGCUUUCAUGCAAUUGUGUAAGGUAAAAUAUGCUAAAAAUAAUGCAGAAAAAUGUGUUGAACCAUCAAUCCACCAUAAUCCCAUCCAUUUUGUCCUGAACCGGCUAGUUAUGUGGGUAAAAUCUAGGUCAAGAAAAGUUGACCUGUUGGUGGGUCAGGGUUUGGAUCAGUCAUCAUCAGCCUUAGAUGCUCUCCUGUCCAUCUCAAAUAGAAUCCUAUCCAACUCAUUUGCAUCCUUCAAGGGAUUCUGGUUUGGCACCUUGUUGUUGAUAAAGGAUUACAAUAGAGUUUUAUAGAUGUGUUCUAAGAAUGUCAAUAAGAAUUAGAUUGCUUAGGUUCCUGAGGGAUGUUAGAUGUGAAAAGAGACCUGUUGAUAACGGCCAUGCGAAUGUAGUAUCAGCAUAUUAUAAAAAAAAAUUUCUCAUUACAUCUUUCUAAAAAUUUCUGGCGUAAGAUGAUGAAAUCAUCAGAUAAAAGGUUGCAUUACUGUUUCCAUUCUUAGACAUGUAUAAACAUUAAGUAGCUUAGACCAGUCUUCAUUUUGCUACAAUCAAUCUCUUGAAGUCUGGUAAUGUUAUCCAUUAGGUUCUGAAAUCAGUUGUUGUAAAUAAAAUGUUCUUUUUAAGUUUGUAAUUGAUGUGUAUUUUCCCUCUCCAUCUGAUAUUUUAGCAUUUCUUUUGUUUUUCUUGUUCGAUAUUAACAUGAUUUUUGUGGAUGCAUAUGUUUCAUUCUUAGGUCAUUUUCUUACUGUUCAACACGAGUGGCUCAACUUCAUGAAAUGCAGCUUUUAGUGAAGACUGACAUCCAAAAUGAAA